CGGGACCACGAAGACAGUCGAGGGUAGCUAAAUGUGGCGGGAGUGCUAAAACCCUAAUGAUCCGGACAGUGGAAUUGGAAGAAUCAUCGACAAUGUACAGCAUCACAGCAGAGGGAGACGAAGGAAGAAGACGCGAGAAGUUAUGAAGUAAUUUGAAGUGUGUGCAGAAAUUGGGCACCCGUGCACUUUUGCUCACGCAUGUCUUGAUCGGGUUGUGGGAAUAUUGCGGGGCGAUGAGCACCAGUUGGCACUCGCUUCUGGUCAGAAUUGGCGAACGAUGUGCCGCAUAUGGAGGUCAUGCGGAUGCUGAAGAUCACAUUGAGACAUGUUUCAAUUCUCUUCUACGUGACUUGCAUCACCAUGGAAAUGAAAUCCUGGCGUUGCUCAUGCAGUGCGUGGAAGAACUUCCGCACAAGGAUCCGCUGUAUGGAACCCUGGUGGGUCUCAUAAAUCUUGAAAACACCGAGUUUGUGGAAAAGGUUGUAACUCAGGCCCAUGACACUCUACAGGCUGCUUUGGAUUCAGGAAACUGUAACCAGAUCAGAAUUUUGAUGCGCUUCUUAACAACCUUGAUGAGCAGUAAUGUAAUUGCUCCGGGCUCAUUGAUAGAAGUUUUUGAAACCUUGGUAUCAUCGGCUGCUACCACCAUUGAUGAGGACGGGGGCAAUCCAUCAUGGCAACCUCGUGCCGAUUUCUAUGUUUUCUGCAUUUUAGCUUCACUCCCUUGGGGUGGACUUGAAUUGGCAGAGCGAGCACCUGAAGAUUUGGAGCGUGUUCUUGCCGGUGUGGAGGCAUAUUUAACCCUUCGAAAGCGGAAUGCAGGAUCUGCACUGUCCGUGUUCAACAUUCAAGAUGAGGGUGUGGAACAGGCCACUGAACAGGAGGACUUCCUGGAAGAUCUGUGGUCAAGAAUUCAGACCUUGAUGGAAAAUUCAUGGAGAGUUGAGAGUGUCCCAAGGCCACAUCUGGCCUUCGAAUCCCGGCUGGUUACUGGUCCAUCUCAUGAGUUUGGUCAGGUGACUUGCCCGGACGCACCAAAGUUGCCAACAAAUCCAACAGACGUUAUCAUGGGCAAGAAAAGGGAGGAAGCGGAAUUGUUGUAUCCUCGCAGGGUCGGUCGACUUCGUAUAUUUCCAGCUGCAAAGACAGACGAGACCAUGGCUCCUAUUGACCGGUUUGUUGUGGAGGAGUAUUUACUGGAUGUUCUUUUUUUCCUCAGCGGCUGUCGCAAGGAGUGUGCUGCUUACAUGGUUGGACUUCCGGUACCAUUUCGAUACGAAUAUUUAAUGGCGGAGACAGUGUUUUCUCAGCUGCUUCUUCUUCCAGCCCCCCCGUUCAAACUUAUCUACUACACCGUCGUGAUGGUUGACCUGUGUAAGGCGCUUCCUGGGGCGUUUCCGGCUGUUGUAGCUGGAGCCGUUCGCUCACUUUUUGAGAAGGUGGGAGACAUGGACGUCGAGUGCCGUACCCGCCUUGUACAGUGGCUUUCUCAUCAUCUGUCCAAUUUUCAAUUUGUUUGGCCUUGGGAAGAGUGGGCCCAUGUGUUAGAACAACCGAAAUGGUCACCUCAGCGGGUAUUCGCUCAAGAGGUUCUUGAAAAAGAAGUGCGUCUGGCGUACUGGGAGAGAAUCAAGGAGAGUUUGCAUAGCAGUCCCAACCUCGUUGAGCUUCUCCCUCCGAAGCUUACCGCACCAAUCUACAAGUACGAUGAUCCUCAAGCAGUGUCAGCAGAAGAACACAGAAUUGCUACUGAACUCAUAAUGAUGACAAGAGGCAAGAGGAGGGCACGGGAUAUACAAGUGUAUAUUGAAGAGAAGAUUCUUCCGGAUUACGGCCAAAAGAUGGCUAUUGAAGUUGCAGUCCAAACUUUUCUUUAUAUUGGAUCUAAAAGUUUUACACACACAGUGGGUAUACUGGAGAAGUAUGGAACCGUGCUAAGCAAGUUGGCUGCCAACAAUCACUCUUGGCAGACCGUGAUAAUAGAGUCAGUCGCCCAGUUCUGGAAGAAUUCAGCUCAAAUGACGUCUAUCGUCAUUGAUCGUAUGAUGGGAUAUCGUAUUGUGUCCAAUUUGGCCAUAGUAGCAUGGGUGUUUUCAGCUGACAACGUGAAUCGCUUUCACACUUCGCAUCAUGUUUGGGAGGUACUGGAGAACGCAAUCAAUAAGACAAACAAUCGCACUGCCGAUCUACGUAAGGAUGUGGCAUCCGUUGAGAAGUCUGUAGAUGCCGCUACUGCCGCUCUAGCAAAGGCUGUUGCAAAAGUCGAGGCUGCUGUUGCUUUGUUGGAGACAGCAACCGAUGACGAGACACGGGCCGGAGCGAAAUCCAAGUUGGAAUGGGCUACUUCCGCACAAAAGAAAGCGAAAGAUGAGGAGAGUUCUUCUCAAGAAUCACUUGAAGUCAAGGAAGCCCUUCUCCUUCGAGCCUUGCAUGAACAAGAGGCUCUCUUUAUGGCCGUAUAUCAAAAUUUUGCGACGGUUUUAACACAACGUCUAUCAGUGCCGUUACCAUCUGUUGAGGUGGUUAAGACUGACACUGAAGCGGAACACGUGGAAGACCCUAUGGCUGUCGAUCAGGAAACUACAGUUGGAGCAGAAGAUGGAGACAACGUGGAGAUAGAUGGUGAACGCAGAAAUCAGAAGUACUCUGUAAAGACGAAUGGAGUGUCAACUGCAGAAGAGUUAGAGGUCCAGGAACAGCUGACAUGGCGCAAAUGCACACUAGGAUACCUACGGGCUAUUACCAGACACUAUGCAACUGAGGUUUGGUUGGUGAUGGAUAGAAUAGACUCAGAAAUAUUUACAGAUACAGUUGAUCAACUCGUUAUUCAAACAGCGUAUUCCGGAUUGAGGCGGUCAUGGUAACUGAUAUUUAGUUUCAUAGGGGAAUAUGGUUGUGUAGAUAGGGCGUGACAUAUCAGUAGUAGCUUUAGGUGCCUUGAGUCAUAAACCCUGCAUUCAAGAAGGACCGGACUAAUGGAUGCGGAGAAGGCCAAGAAGCAGAAAUGUAGUACUCUUGUCCGGUUUCGCUGUACCAUCUACAAUUUUUUUACUCUUACAAUCAUCAUGAACCCUAUAAUAGGGUUGUCGGUGGUUCCUCUAUGAAAUGCGCGAGGACCCACUUUGUAGAACUUUUUUUAGUCCUGUAUCAGACACAAUGCCUCGCUUCAUAGCGGACAAAUCAUCAUUUUUGCCCAGUGUCGUCUCUCUAUAUGCCGUGUGGCUCUUCUAAUUUUGUGGAGAGAUGUCAUGUAAUCCAUCCAGUCAAGUGACCUUUUGUGUCACAGGCCUUUCGAUGAAAUUUUACUCUCGGCUGGGUUGAAAUCAG